AUGGACCAAGCGACUGUGGGGAGGAAGGUCGCGAUUGGUUUUCAGAAACGUCCAACCUACUUGGAUAGCAAGCAAGUGAGAUUUAUUUAUAACCUAGUGGAAGGUCCUGCUCGUUCCGGACCAAUUUAUGAGCAAAGUUCCCCGGAAAGUGUGGAAUACGGCUUCAGAGUCAUGAGCGGCACGACCCUGUCCGUUAUACUUUUCCCUACCCGGGUGUGUCUGUGGUUGCUGUCCUUACUGUACUGGGCUCUGGUCUACGGCACCGCCGGGGUCACCGCCUGCAUGGUUCUGAUCCGGAUCUCGUGGAGAGGACUCAGGGACCCUCGCAGAGCCUUCAGAUGGACAGUGCGCAACAGACCGCCGGCAUGCCUGCGGGAUCCAGCGUUGGGCACACACGGAUACCUGCGAUGCAGGAGUUCAGGUCUGCGACUGCACUUUGUGUCCAAAGGCAACAGCAGGAAACCUCUCAUGCUCUUCCUCCAUGGGUUUCCAGAGAACUGGUACUCAUGGCGAUACCAGCUGAGGGAGUUCAGUGUGCAGUACCACACAGUAGCACUGGACCUGCGUGGCUGCGGGGCCUCUGCUGCCCCCUACAGGCUGGAGGACUAUGCACUGGAGAACCUGCUGGAUGACAUAAGGGACACCAUUAGCGGCCUGGGGCACACCAGCUGUGUGCUGGUCGGCCAUGACUGGGGGGGCAUGCUGGCCUGGCACUUCGCCCUGGAGCGUCCGGACAUGGUGCAGCGCCUGGUGGUGAUGAACGCCCCGCACCCGGCGUCCUGGCUAGAUGCUGUGUUGAGAAGGCCGUCUCAGCUCCUGCGCUCUGGCCAUACCUGCUUUUUCCAGCUGCCACUGCUGCCUGAGAUUGCCCUGUCUAUGGAGGAUUUCAAGCUGGUGCGCAGUAUGCUGUGUGGGGGCCGUGCGGGGAUUCGGAACCGGGCCCGUCGCCUGACGGAGGCGGAGUUGGAGGGGUACCUCUACCAUCUGUCCCAGCCGGGGGGGCUCACUGCACCCCUCAAUUACUACCGUGUUCUCCUCAGUAACGCACUCUACAGACACCAGAAUGUGGGAGUGGCCUGUAUGCUAAUUUGGGGCGAGGCCGACGGUAUAUUGGUGGAAGGGAUGUCGGGAGGGGCACGGCCAUACAUGAGAGGCUCGGUAGUGGUGCACACGAUUCCGGACUGCAGUCACUGGGUGCAGCAGGACCAGCCCGAAACCGUCAACAAGAUGCUGUGGGACUUCCUCCUACAGAGGGAGUCGCCGCAGUGCUAGGCCCCACCACUGGUGGGCGCCAUACUAUGUACUUGUGCUCUUCGUAGUGUGUUGAGUAUAAACCACAAACUAUGUGGACUAUGAACAAAACUCAGUAGGUUUGGAAUACAAUUUUAUAUCAUAAUGCGUCAUGUCAUGAACCUUUAUGCAGUUAGUCUAUUCAGACAACUUUCAUUCAUUUCAAAUAUUUAAAUAUUUUAAGUCAAGAGAACAAUAUUUAUUUGUGUCCAAAUUCCUCAAUUGCUGGUUUCUUCAUGACUUACCUGCAAGUGUAAGUUUACUGUAUUAAAAAUCAGCCAUUCAAACAUACAGAUAGUUAACUAAGUCUCCUGGGAUCACAACAGAAAGGACAUUCAAUGCAACUUUUAUGGCAAAAAACAGGAGUGUUUUUGAACAAGAAAAGGUGAUUAUUUUUUAAUAGCAAUUCAAGCUGAAUUCUCUGUGGAAGUUCAAUGGCAAUUUCUAUUGAUAUAGCAAUUGCUGAUGGUUGGUGUCAGUGUGGAUGAUGAUGAAGUAUACUCCCCCCCCCACACACACACACACUUAUAGCCCCCUUGCUUUUGUUUUUAAUGUUACAAAUAAAAUGUUAUAUUUCUGAAUAAGUUGUGUCAUCUCAUCAUACACACCCCCAUCCCCCCCCCCCCCCGAUGUACCACCUGACUUUCUUAAAAAUAAGUCUGGCCUUAUUUGAGUUUGCCAUCAGUGCCGUGAUCUGGCUACUCUGUUCAGCCGAAGCCUGUCUUUUCAGGGCAAAAGCAGAACCAGGUCCUCUGCUCAGGACGCAAAUUUUUACGUCAGUGUACAUCAGCGUGAGCGCUGGACUACUGUAAGCCCGUCUCACUCUCGGUCCUUGAGAGAAAUUCUUUUUUAAUUCCACCUCCAUACUCGCCCCUCAGCUCCUUCUGUUUUUUUUCUUCUCUUUUCUGGCACCUUAUUCUGUUUCAUUAUUGUCCACGGCUCUGAAGUUCCAUGGUUUCCGUGUUGCCAUAACAACACCUGUUGCCAAAGCAUGCUGGGGGCGGCCAUUGUUAGUUCCAGAUCAAUUUAGCGAUUAAAGCCCCUCCCAUCCUGUCCCGUCCACUCCUGUCUCUUCUCCUCUUACAUAGGCAGUAGUUCGGAUAUUCUGCUGUUCUACCGAACGCUUGGUUAUUGUAUCUAAAUUGGAUGCAAAUUCUAAUAACAUGUUGGCUCUACCUGCUGAGGACAGCAACUCCCAAGGAUGAACUGCAAACAUUGUGUCUUCAAAUAUGCUUAUGUUAUUGUCACACGCUGACAUGUUCUGACAUAUUGUCUUUCUCAUGUUUGUCGUUGACAAAGACUGUCAAAACGCAUCAGUUUGUGACAAUAAACUGAGAAUAUUUGAUGGCACGACGUUGCAGUUCAUUCUUGGGAGUUACUGUCCUGACUAAGUAGGAACAACGUUAUCUGGAUUUUUUUUUUUACCAGAAGCCUUGUCACAGGAAAGCCAGUUUGCACUGGCGUAUCACUAAAACUAGAGUGGAUGCAAAUGCACUCAUAAAAUAACUUUUCAAUGGCGGAUUUAAAAAAUUUUUUUUUUGCGUUCAUCCGUUUCAACCUGUUCCAGUGCCUGCAGUGACAGUAUAGCAGUUUGUGUAAGUCUGAGCAGUUUGUAUCUUUAAUUUUUUCCGGUUGUGAACUCUGGUUGGCUGACGACAGAUAGUGGGUGGUGCCAGACCUUUUGACUUCCCGUUAUGUUGUCACACAAAACUUUUUUUUU